AUGGAUAUAUCGUCAGACGUCUGGGGGCAGUUAGCAUUAGAGGCUUCUCAGGUGUAUAUCGAUGACGGUACAGGAGGACCCGCCAAGAGCCCGUACGCAGGAACGACGAUCGAAAAAUUGCCGGAUAAAGUUUUGCUGAACAUAUUUUCGUACCUGAGCCACAAAGAAAUAUGUAGUAUGUCAAGAGUGUGUAAAAAGUGGCGCACGAUUGCUUAUAACACGUCCCUGUGGUACAGCGUAUCUCUGAGACCGGAAAUAUCAGGACUCCACGUCACGUCUCUGGACUUUUUGUUAUCUUUGAUCAGUGUGAGAUUCGGCUCUUCGUUGCGCUACAUCGAGCUGCCCAUCGAGCUUAUAACGCACACAGUCUUGCACGAACUGGCCAAUAGAUGUCCAAAUCUCACUCACAUGCUACUCGACUUCUCGACCGCCAUGCAACUACACGAUUUCAGCGAGCUCCAAGCGUUCCCCACCAAGUUGAAAUACCUGUGCGUGUGCCUGUCGGAAGUGAUCUUCAUGGAAGGGUUCAUGAGAAAAAUCUACAACUUCAUCAACGGACUGGAAAUACUUCACCUGAUAGGAACUUACGAAAAAGUCGAAGAGGAAGAAGAAGAGAUUUACGAAGUGAUAAACGUGCACAAACUCAAAUCAGCAACGCCAAACUUGAGGGUCAUAAACUUGUACGGGAUAAACUUCAUCGACGACAGUCACAUUGACGCGUUCAGCUCCAAUUGCAUACAACUCGAGUGUCUGGCCGUGAACUAUUGCUCCAAGGUCACGGGGUCUACAAUGAAAACUUUGUUUCAGAGAAGCAAAAGGCUCAGGUGUCUCUUGAUGAAUCAAACGAAUCUCAUCAGCGAGUAUUUGAUGCAAGUGGAAUGGGAAAAAUCUUCGAUUCAAGAAUUAGACAUAUCCGGGACCGAUCUCUCUACCGAAUGCCUGAUCGAUAUGUUAGUUCGGAUACCGAAUUUGAAGUUUCUGAGCGCAGGCCAGAUGAACGGAUUCAACGACACUGUGUUAAGUUCGUUCAUGGAACAGGGUAACGUCAGGAACCUGAUCGCGCUAAACUUGGACUAUUCGGACAAUUUGUCGGACGAGGGACUUUAUAAAUUUUUGUCCCGUUAUGGACAUCAGCUACAGGGGCUUUCUUUGGCCGGCAUGCCACACAUUACUGAUCAACUGUGGAACACGGUCCUACCGGUUCUCAACAAUGUCAUAAUUAUGGUUAUGGGCACUCAAGAGAGACUGUCUGGUAACGUGUUAGUAGAUCAACUGAUGGACGGUAUAGCUACAAAUUGUCCGAGAUUAGAAAGACUAGAAUUGAAAUGGGAUCCGGAUAAUUUAAGAUUUUCGGAUAAAAGCCAAAAAGCAAUUGAUAUUUUUCGAGUGAAAUGUUUGAAACUCAAAUGCUUGGUUUUAAGCGAUGGAAGGUAUUACGAAAUAGUGAAAGCAAACUUCGAAAGAGCAGAUAGACUAACGGUGGUUAGAACCACUACAUGUUGUAGUGUCUCAAAUUAUUACCUACUACAAAAUUACAAAGAUUUAAUAUUUAAUUGA